CACCACAGCUUCCAAUGACAGAGGGGUCGACUAAAGACAGCGUGAAGCCCAAGUCAAGCGACAAACAAUAAACCCUAACGCCUGCACCAGUCGUUGCAGCCGAAACACUCCCAUUUGUAUUUGAGAUUCGAAAAGCAAUGGCGGAAAGAGCCGAAGCCCCUGUGAUAACCUUAGGAGGCAAGGGCUCAUAUCUAUCAUCAUCCUCACUAUACGCCAUCGCCGCCGGCCUCGCUCGUGUGAGCAUAGACUCGUCUGCGCUCGAUAGGCUUGUCGCCGCCUCCUCUAAAUGCUGCCCGCCAUCUAUCAAUUACCGAAUCAAACUCUCCGAAAACCUGACCCUACCUGAAUCCCGUGCUUUCCUCACCGUCGCUAUUAGCAAGCUCCUCCUUUACGGUUCCUCAAACGUUCGUACGGUCCUUCCAGUUAGGAUCUCCGAAGUCCUGAAUUACAACUCUAAAACCCUCGAAUUCGAACCCCUCUAUUGUACCGAGGACGAGAUCUUUGUGCUGGAGAGAUCAUACGCAGCUUUGCACGGCAUUUCUGCCAUUUUGGACCAUGAGUUCACGGCGUUAUCGUCCAUUGUCGAUGCCGUUGCCGCGAUUUCGUGCGAGGCAGCCAGAGCCGACGUGGCAGCAUUCAAUUCGAUGGACUCGGGGGACGGGUUUUCGUCGAAGGAGGAAGUUGGGGUUGCCAGUGAUAUGAAGGUUUUACUCAAUGGGUCUAAGUUGGUUGGUAAGGUUGAGAGAGUGUGGUUCUCAAAAAUCCCCAAAGUUCACGGGAGUUGGAGGGAGAUAGUGAAGUUGGUGCACUCCAAGGUGCGAAUCGAGUUGAAUUCGGGCAUGAAGUUGGCGAAUGCGGAAUGUUCGGCAGUGCGGUCAGUGUUAUUGCCGCUAUAUGACUUAGGGAAGUGUAGCUUGAGCCGCGCUAAAUCGAAUUUGGAGUCGAUAGAUGAUGGUGAUUUGCAGACGACUCUGGGGGACUUGUUUGGCGGAAAAUGCCCGACUAGCGACAGUUUUACAGAUGGUUUUAAGUUGGUCUCGGAAUUGGGAUUAGAAGAGGAUCAUGAAAAAUUUGUGCACGAGGUGAACGUGUUGUUGGGAAUGGUGUGGAAGAUUGUUGCGUGGGAGUCGAUAACGGGUUUCUUUGCUCUUGAGGGUGUGGAAUGGUUUGGAAAGAGUGAAAAGGGCGUUGACGCGAAUGGAGUAGGGAAUGUCAAGGUGGAGAAGAAGAGCGAGAAGAAGAAGAAGAAGAAGGUGGUUUUGGGGAAAGGGACUAGUGUGAUUGUGCAAAUGAUUAAGGAUAGGUUGCAAAGUAAGGGAGGGGUGGGAUUGGGUUUGGAGUUGUUGGAGAAAUGGGUAGAGGAUCUUUUGUUGUUUUUGGAUCCCAAGGACCAGGAUUUUGGUAGUUUGUUGCUGAGAGUGAAGGAGAUUGUGGAAAGCAAUGAAAGUAGAAGACUGCCCAAGCUUCCAAAGGGUACUCGUGAUUUUGCGAAAGAACAGAUGACAAUAAGAAAGAAAGCUUUUUCAAUUAUCGAGGAGGUCUUCGAGAGGCACGGUGCUACGGCCUUGGAUACUCCAGCUUUUGAGUUGAGAGAAACUCUCAUGGGAAAAUAUGGGGAAGAUUCAAAGUUGAUUUAUGAUCUUGCUGACCAGGGUGGAGAGCUUUGUUCUUUGCGAUAUGACUUGACUGUACCGUUUGCUAGAUAUGUGGCUAUGAAUGGUCUAACAUCAUUUAAAAGGUACCAGAUAGCUAAGGUUUACAGGAGGGACAACCCAUCUAAGGGAAGAUAUCGUGAAUUUUAUCAGUGUGAUUUUGACAUUGCUGGCCAAUAUGAAAAGAUGGGGCCAGAUUUUGAGGUCGUUAAAAUUUUGACUGAACUUCUCGAUGAACUUAACAUUGGAGACUAUGAGAUAAAAUUGAAUCACCGAAAGUUACUCGAUGGAAUGUUGGAAAUAUGCGGAGUACCGCCAGAAAAAUUCAGAACCAUAUGUUCUAGUGUUGACAAGUUAGAUAAGCAAUCUUUCGAGCAGAUAAAGAAAGAGAUGGUGGAGGAAAAGGGUUUAACUGUUGAGACAGCUGAUGCAAUUGGCACUUUUGUGAAGGAAAGGGGAUCCCCUUUGAGAUUAUUAUCUAAACUUAAGCUGGAGGGAAGCAAGUUCUUAGGACACAAUGGAUCAGUUGAUGCACUGAAUGAACUGGAUAUUUUAUUCAAAGCUCUUGAAAGAUCGAAAUGUCUUGACAAAGUCGUUUUUGACUUGAGUCUUGCCAGAGGUCUUGAUUAUUACACUGGAGUUAUAUUUGAGGCUGUUUUUAAAGGGGGUACACAGGUUGGUUCAAUUGCUGCUGGUGGACGUUAUGACAACCUUAUAGGUAUGUUUGGUACAAAGCAGGUUCCAGCAGUUGGUGUCAGCCUUGGGAUUGAACGUGUAUUUGCUAUAAUGGAGCAGCUUCAGAAAGACCAGAACCAGACAACACGAGCUACAAAGACAGAAGUUCUAGUGAGUAUAAUUGGGGAUGACCUGACUCAAGCUGCAGAACUGGCAACCGAACUGUGGAAUGCCAGACUGAAAACAGAAUAUCUGGUCAAUAAAAGAGUGAUGAAGCACAUUGACCGUGCUAGAGAGUCGAGGAUCCCAUAUAUGGUAAUUGUGGGUGAGCGGGAACUGAAUGAAGGGAUUGUGAAGCUAAAAGACGUUGAGGCUGCUAAAGAAGAAGAAAUUCCUCGGAGCAAACUUGUGGAGGAACUCAAACGGCGGUUGAACCAAUGAAAAAUAUUAUUUGGCCAACUCACAAUUCCAAAGCCAGACUUUUGUUCUCUGUAUUAACACAAUGCUUUUUGGAGGGUAUGUACACAUUAUUCUUUACCCAUAAUCAUUAAGUGGCGUAUGUUUGUUGUUA